AUGCGGUCGCUGGACGACUGCGUGCUGCUGGGCAGCCUCAUGCGCGUGGCCAGGGCGCUGCUGCUCAACCCGCACCUCCACAUGGAGCCAUACCUGCACCAGCUGAUGCCGGCCAUGGUGACGUGUGUGGUGGCGAAGCGACUGGGCGAGCGGCAGCACCACGCCCACUGGCACCUGCGCGCCUUCACUGCCUCGCUGCUUGCCCUCAUCUGCCACAGGUUCGGCCGAGCCUACGCGUCGUUGCAGCCGCGGUUGACGCGCACCUUGCUGCACACUCUGCUGGACCCCAAGCGCUCCCUGCCUCAACACUUUGGUGCCAUCCGCGCUCUCACUGCGCUGGGACCCACCGUGGUGCGAGUGCUGCUGCUGCCGCACCUACCGCUGUACGUGCGGCUGCUGCAGGCGCACAUGGGCGUGCCCGUGCUCUGCUCCUCGCCACCCUCCCCCGCCAAGCAGCAAGAGGCCUGGCAGGUCUGGGGGGCCGUGCAGCAAGCGGCAUGGGUGGCGGUGGCGCCUCACCUGCGCCUCUACCACCCGGCGCUGCUGCCCCGCCUGCUGGCGGCCGAGGGGAUGGAUGGGGCUGCACACGGUGGGGGGGUCGGUGGUGAUGGUGGUACACACGCAAGCGGAGCAGCAGGGGCAGGAGGGGCAGCUGGGAGGAUGAGGCGUGUUGCAGGGGGGUUGAGGUUCGCUGCCAGCCCGCGAGUGGCUGUACCCGCUGUGCGCACUGUGCCCCCUCUGCCGCCGCCACUGCCCUACGCGGCGGCGGGCAGGGAGGCAUCGCUGCUGCUCUUCUUCCCGGCGCUGCAGCGCGGGCAGCAGCGCGCGGGCGGGCUGGCGGGGCUGGAGGGGUUCCACAUGGGGCUGGGCGAGGGGGGCUACGACGAUGACGACAGCAGCGAGUGGGAGGCGGGCGGGGCGGGGCGGCUGUGGGCCGUGGCGGAGCGCGUGGGGCCGGUGGUGGUGAGCAGUGCGAAUGGCAGCGGGCGCGACUACGAGGUGGAGGACGCUCCCACCAAGGCCGCUCUUGCCGCCCUGGCUGGGGUGGGCAGGGGUGCUGAGUCGCAUGGGCAGGGGACGGGGGGGAGAAGUGAAAGUGGGGAGAAUGUGGGCCUGCUAGUUGAGGGGCUGGUAUAUUUGUUGGGGGAUGCUAUGAUUCCUUUUGUGCCCAUUGCACCCUUGUUCAUGCAUCUGUAA